AUGAUCGAUCCCACCCAAGUCAUCGAGGCUUUCAAGACCAAGGUCAGCUCAGCAACUUCGAGCGUCGCACCAAUCCCGACAGUCAUUCCCAAUGAGCCAAUCUACGAGACAGUUGGUUCUGCUGGAGGAAAGACUCUCUGGGUUGUUUUCGUCCUCAUGCUUCUAUCUACUCUAGGCUUCACCUUUUUGGCAUGGUCAGUCCCAGUUCAAAAGCGACUUUUCCACGUCAUCACCACCUUCAUCACCCUUUUCGCCACCAUUUCCUACUUCGCCAUGGCCACCGGUGACGGCAACUCCUUCGCUGAGACUGUCAUCAAGACAUCCCACAAAUACACCCCUGACACCUACGAGUAUGUCUACCGCCAAGUCUUCUGGGCCCGCUAUGUCGACUGGAGCUUGACCACCCCUCUCCUCCUCCUGGAUCUUGCAUUCCUCGCUGGCUUGGACGGCGCCAGUAUCAUCAUCGCUAUCGUCGCUGACCUCGUCAUGGUGCUCACUGGUCUCUUCGCGGCCUUUGGCACCACCGGUGGGCAGAAGUGGGGAUACUAUGCCAUGGCAUGCAUUGCGUACCUUGUUAUCGUCUGGCAGCUUGUUGUUGGUGGCCGUCGUGCUGUUUCUGCCAAGGAUAACAAGACCGGCACGUUGUUUGCUGCCAUUGGUGGCUUUACGCUUGUUCUCUGGACGUUGUAUCCUAUUGUUUGGGGUAUUGGUGACGGAUCCCGCACGUGGGGCGUUGAUGCUGAGAUUAUUGCUUACGCUGUGCUUGAUGUUCUGGCUAAACCUGUCUUUGGUUUCUGGCUUAUCUUUGCUCAUGCUACCAACCGCUCUGAGAGUAUUGAUGGAUGGUGGAGUAACGGACUUAGCAACGAGGGUGCUAUCCGUAUCGAGGAUGACGGUGCAUAA